CUUGUCAUGUAGCACAGCAGCGUGGCUCCGUGGAUAUCGUUCCCAGGCUCCAGGCAACGAGAGGUGCAGAAACAAACUCCGCCACGGUUACUCUGCAGAACCAAAGCAGCAGCAUACCAAAGACCCAGAGAAUCAAGAGGAGAUGCUUGCUCUUCACACCGUUCGGACAUCCCUUCCCUCGCCGCGCAGAUCCUCCCCGCGCCGACAUGCACUGCAUCUAAGCAAGAGGAGAUUUUCCAUCUGUGCUUGCAGUUCCGAAGAUGCCGGAUCCGACGGUCCCCUGCCGCACGGCGGUGACCAGCGCCAGCAGGAGGUGCUUGCGAAAAUCGCCAUGCUUCAGACGCAGAAGGUCCGCAUCACAAACUUCCUGGAUGAGCGGUCUGCUUACCUGACCAAGUUCACCAAGGACGCCGACACCGAGUUCGACAUGAUUGGGCAGAACGCCAUGAAAGAGCUCGAUCAAAUUGGGGACCAGAUAAUGGAGCGACUCGACAGCAAGAUGCAGUCCUACGAGGAGACAGCUGAAAUGCAAAGGCAGGAGAUAGAAAUGAACGAGAGGGUGUUAGAAGAUUUCGAAGACUGGAUCGAAGAGGAGAAAAACGAAGGCAUGUUCUUCAAAAGCCUUGGCAAGGUCAAAAAACCUGAAAACAAUGAGGAAAUCAAGGUGAAGGCCAAGAUUGAAGCACAGAAGGUCAGAGAGAUUGCAGAGGAGAGUGCGGGGUCAAAAGCUCGGAUGAAUAUUUACCUUGCACUGAUGGCGAUACUCGGUCUUACAAUCGCAAAUGCCGUCUUUGCAACGCCAGAGGUGGAAUGGAGGAAGGUUGCUGCUCUGGGUCUAAUUUUCAUUGGCCUGGUUGCUCAGGUAAUCUAUGAGCAAGAUAUAUCCCCACCGGUAGCUGACAAGGAUGAAAAAAGAGAAGAAUGAAAGAGCUGUGCACCCUGAGUGAAACAUCAAAAAGCAGCAAGAGCUUCAUCGAUAUAGACGUAGACUGUAUAAAUUCAAGAUAUAGAUUGUGUAAUCUUAGUUAUCAUUUAAGGUGUAGCUUGGCCUAUAAACCACAGGUUUCUUACACCUGAGGUCUGAUAAACUCAAGCUGUGUUCAAUCUUGCAUCAAA